AAGCGCUCGGCGUUGUUGUUACUGUGUUUUGCUAAAUACGCUGUAAAUAGUUGCAUGUGAGCACAGAUCAGGCCAGUUUGUAUGUUGCUGAAUUUGGCUGCAGUUUUAUUAUAAGUUAUUUCAUUUGCAUUAAUUAUUGGCUGCAUUUAAAGAUGAAGAAACAAUAUAUGUACGUUAUUGGUGCAAUAAUUGUUGUUGUUAUUGCUAUUAUAAUUGGAUUAGUGGCAUCAUCGUUAAAACAACUCAACUCUGAUGAAAUGGGUAUAGCGUAUGAUACGAUACAAAAGAAACUAUCAGAUAAUGUAGAGCAAGAAGGACUCCAUACAGGUCCACCAGGAUUUGAGUUUAUCAAGUUUCCCAGUGUUUUCCGUACAAUUUCAUUUCCUGACUUGCAGUGCCUUAACAAAGAUGGUGUGACAAUAAAUCUGAAUGUGGACUUUCAGUAUCAAGCUCGUGCUGCGGAUUUGAAAACAAUAAUUCUUGAAUUUCAAAAUCAUGACAUAUACUACACUGUUCUAGAGAGAGUUGGUGAAGCCGCAAUUCAUGAGGCCUGCAGUGAAUACAACACCACAGAAUUCCAAACAAUUAGAGCACUCUUCCAGCAGACUGUUCGGGAUACACUCAGUGAACGAUUUAAUGAAUUUCAUGCAACUGUUGCGGAUUUACAGGUGAAUAAUAUCGCCAGACCACAGCAGUAUGAAGAAGCCAUACGACAAAAAGAAGCUGCUAGAGAAAACAUUGAGGUUGCCAGGAAUGAAAGACCAAUAGAAAUAACACAAGCAAACACAGCAAGAAGAGAAGCAGAAACAGCUGCAACUAUUGCUAUUAAUAGAGCAGAGUCUGAUGCUAGAAUUAUAAGAACAAGGGCUGAUUCUGAGUCAGCAGCAAUCACAAAGCAGUACGAGACUGAAGCCGAGACAUACAAACAAAUCAUUGAUACACAGGGUCUUACUGUGGAUGAAUUCAUGGCAUAUAUGGGUGUACGUACUAUUGGAUCUGCUAAGAACCCUGUAUAUGCUAGUGUGGAUGCUCCAGCCAAGACUUCAUAUCACUAAUGUAGUUUGAAUAAGUAUGAUCAAAGAGGCAGAACUUAUUAGUGCUUUUCUCAUUAAUUUGUUAUUCUUGGGUCACACCAGCAAAAAAAUUGUUUCACAGAUUUUUCACAAAAUGUAUAGCUGUCGCACUGUGACAUCAUAUGUUUACAUUUCUGCCAACCAGCAUGCAAGUGUCUGAGAAAUGUUGCUUCAGCAGUUGCUCUUAAAAAUGUUCCGCAAGUUGUUUUAUUAACAGGGACACAUACAUGUAUAUUUAAUAUUAACAGCAGCUAAUGCCACUACAUGUAUUUUAUUUUCGAUGCAAAUAACUGGUUCUUGCCAACCAGCCACUGUGCACUGCAUGCAAAACAUAACAAGCGCAAUGCUCAUACAAAGCCCUGUUUAAUCUAUGAAACAAGUUAUUUUUUAAGCCUGGCCUUAAAGUGUCACGUAGUAUCAGUAUUAUUGUAGUGGGAGAUGAUUAUAGCAGUUGGUAUAACUUGCAUGUUUUCUUCUUUGCCACCUGGCUAGUACUAUGUGUCUGUCAGCUAUUUGUUGAAACGCUACAGUCGUUGCAUCCUGUUCUUUAUGGCAUCCAUAACAUGUUUAUGCCAAAUUUGAACUGGUUCUGUGCAAUGACUGUAAAAUUUAAAAUAAAAAUAUAGGUCAUCAAACUUCUUUCUUUGUAAAUUGUAUUUUUAUAUUACCCAUAUGUGGGGAUUUUGAAUACAAUUAAAACUUUUUACUUGAUCACCUUCCGUGUCUUAAAAGUUUAUGUAUCUAAAUUUAACAUGCAAUUUAGUCAAAUGUCUGUUUUGGAUAAUUUAACAAGAUAAUUACAAUUUUCGACAAGUGUUUGUGAGGAUGCAUGUUUUUAAAGUAUGUUCUAUUUUGGAUAUCUUUGAGGUAGUUGCAAAUUUUAACAGACUUUUAACUAGGAUUUUUAUAAUUUUACUGCCGUAGAGAGAUACAAGAGUUUAUUAACUUAUGGAUCAACAUGUGUGUGUGUGCAUGCAUCUGUGGGUGUGUGCAUGCCCACCUCUAUCUCUGACAUGCCUGGUCUGAUCCCAUUCAAACUUCACACAUAUGUCACAAUCAUUUUUAUGCUUAAAAUGCAUCAAGUAUUUCUGCUAUUUCAGAAUCAGAUCUUGUUUGUUUAUGGAUGGACUUCAUUCAAACUUGAUUCAUACAUUGAAGAAUGCAGAUGCUGUUCUAUAGCCAUGUCUGCCAUACUAUGGUUGAUUGCAAUCAAACUUUACAACUACAUUAUACAUCAUGACAUUCGUUCCUUGUUUUUAUUCAAAAUGGCCGACUCAUUUCAGUUUUGUUUACUAAUGAUCUAGCAGGGACUCUGUCAUGACGUGACGUGACUUUUUAAAUUCAAACUUUCAUACAUUCCUUUCAUACUUUUAAUGGAGAUACCUGAAAAAACAACUGUUUUACCCUCAAAAUGACGCAAUUGUUAUUAUUCAGUGCAUCACACUUAUUGAUA